UUCCUAUUCCCUACUGACUGAACUGAACUGAAUUAUCUUUUCCGUCACGCCUUUUUAAACCUUCCCCCUUCUGGUCGGUGUCUUUUUGGGAGGCCCGACCACCUUUCGCUCGCUACCCUCUUCUCUUCUUCCUCUCUUUUCUCUGCUUUCAUGACAUGCCAUAUUUUUCCUAAUUAACCCUCUCCCAUGGACGAGGGUUCCGAUUCUAAAGCCCCUCGACGGAAGAGGGUGUCGAGAGCCUGUGAUCGCUGUCGAAGUAAAAAGGACAAGUGCGAUGGAUUACGUCCCGCUUGUUCGGCCUGCCAGGCUUCAGGCCAGACCUGCUCAUAUGAUCCCCAUGCAAAGAAGCGCGGGCUGCCAGAGGGCUAUGUUCGUGGUUUGGAGAAGCUCUGGGCCUUGUCGAUCUGCAAUAUCGAGGGUUUCGAAGACACAAUGCUAACUCUGCUGGGAACCACUGCCGAAUCAGCUGGUCGGAGACAAAAGCUCAUGUCUCUAUGGACUGAUGAUGGCGCGUCAGAGACACUGCAUGAAUCUUGGAAAACCAGUCGCCUAUAUGGUGCGCUCGAGAAGAUGCUUUCUAACUCUGAACCAGUUACUGAGAGCUCAGGAAAGCGCUCCCGGGAGGACCAAGACGACGGCACCGGAAGUGAAUGGGGUUUUCGCAUUGACCGUAGCUCGACUCCUCUCGCUCAUGAUGCUCCGCGUGUUGUUGAGCCUUCCAUCUCCCCCCGUGCCAAAAGGCCUCGGCUGGCCGCUCCUACCGACAGCAGGAUCCCGUCGUAUACCGCUAGCGCUACGAAUGCCCUACAAUUACCCCCGCAGACCUCGCAACUGUUGGACGUCUAUUUCGCAGUCACUCACUCAUGGUUCCCAAUCGUCGCAAAACAUAACAUUCUACGAGCGUCGUACCUGUAUGCAAGCGCGCCGUUAUCCGUCGCAAAAAUGGCCCCAGGUUCGGGCGACCACGCCGCAUUGUGGGCCUUGCUCAGUUAUACCAUUUCUCAAUCUCGGGUUAACCCGCAGGACGGGGCGUUGGAAGCGCUUUCGAAGACCAAGGAGUAUUACUCGGUAGCUCGCAGCUUGAUCCCUUCUGAAACGGAGCGGUUCGAGCUUGGACAUGUGCAGGCACUGUUGCUGCUGACGUUGGUGAACAUCGGCCUGGAGGACUGGACCGCUGCCUGGCUGCUGAGUGGUCAGGCUGUGCGCAUGGCCAUUUCUAUGGAUCUUGGAGCCUUUAUGGAUGUUCGACGAUCGGACGAGUUGAGGCAAGGAAAGGCGGUUUUUCUUGGCUGUUUCGUGAUCGACUCAUUGCUUUCGUUCCGUUUGUCGAGGCGACCGUGCAUGCAUCCUCGUGAUCUCACCAUGGUCGGCCUGUUGGAAGAAGAUGGCUUGGAAGAGUGGAAUUCGUGGGCGGACGUCUUGCCACCCACGGGAGCUGGACAGGGGAAGAGCCCCCCUCGUCGGGGUCCGCUGCUCGCUUUAAGCUGCUUCAAUCGACUGGUCGAGUUAGCCGGUGUGCUAAAUAAGAUUGCUCGCGAUUCCACGGCCGGACCAAACGCACCCUUAUUUGCACAACAACUGGUCAUGGAGCUCAAGCAAUGGGAUGAUCGUCUCCCGCUCGGAUGUCGCUUGAUUGGCCCGGAAAGUAUCUAUCCGGAACGACAUUCGGCGUUACUCCCACACCAGAGCUACCUUGGCCUGACAUAUGUGGCGACGCUUCUAUGGCUUUAUCUGCGCAUUGCGCCCCAGGAGCUCGGGUUGCACCGCUCCCAACGGCCAGCUAUCGAAGGAGCCAAGAAGCUCCUUUAUAGAGCUCUUCCGAUGGUGUCCCAGCACCUUGAUAACUUCCAGGUUUGCGGUUUGCCGCCCAUAUUCGAGCUUUCUUUACGCACUAUCGCCGAACAAGCGUUCACUCUGCGCAAUAAGAUUGAAUCCGACAUGUUCCCUUUCGGACGGUGGACUGAAGCGCUUCUCCAGCGAACCACGGAGCUCAGUUCAACUUGGCCAGUGUAUCGUUCAUUGUCUGCUUCGAUCGAUCACUGGUACCGUUCUAAGGAUCUUCCCGGAAACCUUCCUCUAUCCUAUCAGCCCGCAGAGGCAGGAUCAGCACCCGGAAUGGCUAGCGGUAUGACCAGUACUGCACUACCCCCUGAGUCUAUAGCAACAUCGGCGGCAGGGUAUCCCAGCAUAAUGAGAGAGCCUUCGAUGAACCCUCACAUGAGAAGGGCUGCACCUGGAAUGGGGGAUUCCGAUUAUACAUCCGCUAUCAUGGGCAUCACUAUCCCUGUAGACGGACAGUACAUGACGCCAAAAGAUCCCACGGUGGAGAAUCCUGAGCUAUCUAUGAUGGACGUAUCCUUCCAACAACCCUUGGACGGACGGGCGGCACACAUGGACAAGUCCGAGCCGACUGCUGCUUUGAAUGCAGCAUUACCGCGGGGCCCACGCCCCCAUCCGUCCACACCCGACUCUGGCGUGUCGAGUUCGAUGAUGUCGGUCACAGGCCCGGGUGUUAUACACGAACGUUCUGUACCUUCGGGGGAUAGGGGCUCGGAUACGACAGAGCGUAUCGGGUCGACAGGCGACAUUGACGCCAUCUUCAAGGAUCUUGCAUACCUCGACACCACAGAGUGGGCUAACAAUCGCGAGGCUGCGCUGAAGGAUUUCGGGUUUAUUGACGAGAGUACGUUCCAGGCUUUCUGCCAUGAUCCAGACCGACUCGCUGGGACUCAGCCGUUAGUGCAUCCUCCCUCAAUUGCCGAUAUUUGGCCGCCACCGGGCUUUUUCCCGGAGACGUUCCGUGAUACUACGGAAGAUGUGAUGGAGGGUUGAGUAGCCGUUUUCUCUUUUAUUUACAUCUUGCUUUUAACCAAGCAGAGGUCAAGGAACCUCAACAGGGGUUUAUCCCUACUUCUUAUACUUAUGGGAACCCUUUCUGAAUCCCUGUUUUCUGCUAUGUAUGGUGGUGCUAUGCAGUCACUCUGCAACGCACGCGUCGCCCGUGUUUCCGU